AAAAAAAAUAACACACGUAUUUUCUAUUUGUCAAAAUUAACACAAAAUAAUAAAUUUCAAAUAGGAAGCUUAUAAAGCUGGCAUUCUGAUGUGGUGGCAAACAACAGCAGCGGCAAGAGAAAUUAACAAAAAUAUAAAUAAGUAGCGACAAAUUGGCACAGCAACGUGUGAAAAAACAGCGGCGGACCCAACGAUAGAAACGAUAUAGUAGAGUGCGUGUUAGUGAGAGAGGGGAGCGUGCAAAAAAUUACACACACAAGCAAACGUGACACCGACAGCGAUAGCGAUUUGCUGCAAACGGCUGUUUAGUUUUCAACAGCAAAACGAAAAGUAUAAAAAAUUAACGAUUUACGCUGCUAUUGACAACACGGUACGGCCGCUAAAAUGUUAAUAAACCUAAAAGUGAAAACAUUAGAUGCGCGUACACACGAAUUUAGCAUCGAUAAUGAGAUAACCAUAAGGCAGUUCAAGGAUCAAAUAGCUGAGAAAACAAACAUUGCAGCCGAAAAUCAGCGCAUUAUUUAUCAGGGACGUGUGCUGGUCGAUGACAAACAGGUGAAGGAAUACGAUGUUGACGGCAAGGUGCUGCAUGUGGCUGAACGACCGCCGUUUUCACAGCGAGGCGCCAAUGCAACGAACAACGAUGAGCCAAUGCGCAGUGGCCCAGGCUUUCGCAGUUUGGGACGUGGUGGCGCGCCCCGGAAUAUGCGCAAUGCGCCGUAUUUUCGUGCACUCGAUGGCAUGCUAGUGGGCACUAUGGCCAUACCAGUAGCCAAUGGCGGCAUUACUGGCGACGGCUCACGUCCUGGCGUGCCCGGACGCUUUCCCAACAGCUCUAGCUUUUGCAUUAAUCGCAUAACCGUUGCUCUGCAUAUGAUUGACUGCGCCAACAAUAUAGCUGCGUAUCUGGAGAAUCCCGCCGUUGGACUCAACAAUCAGUCGUUGGACAUAUUGCAGCGCGGACGCUGGACCAUGGAGUCAACAGUUGUGGAGGUGGGCGUCUCAUCUUCGGAAAUGCCGCGCAACAAUAACAUUAUUGACAUGGUGCAGGAUGCAGUAACAGCAGCACUGAGCCGCAAUACACCUGGACGCAACUAUACGGUGGUGCAGCUGCCCACAGUUUAUACCAGCGAAGGUGGCGCAGAGGGCCAAGCUGCCGCCGCAGGCGAAGGAUCUAGCACAGAGGCAACGGCAGCAGCCAACGCAGAUGCUGCUGCUGCUGGCAACAGCAAUGAGGAGACCACCACAGCAGCAGCGGCUGUAAUCAUUGAAGAUGUCAUUGAAACUGACGAUGAGGGCGCAACAGAUGCACCCAGCAGCACUCCACCCGCUGCGCCAGCUGCCAGCGGUGAUGCCAACGGCGCUGAUGCGGCUGCAAAUGAUGACCAAGCCGGCGGCAGCAACGGCGCUCCACGUCGACGCACGCGUCCACAAGUGCUGGCCAAUGUCAUGCAACGCUAUCGUGCAGUCCAAACGCGUCUUGAACCAUUCGUAAAUCGCUACAAUGAAAUUUUGGAGCAAGAUCCCGCUUUUGAGCCGGAGGACACUGAGGCAGUUGAGCAAGCUCAACGCACCUUCGAUCGCGUUUCGGAGGCUUUCCAUUAUCUCUCACAUGCACAGCAUGCCAUCUCUGAUCUGAUGCUGGAUCUAUCCGAGCCAGGACCACGUGUGCUCACCUGUCGUCCCAUCUUGGUGGAACAAAGCGGCUACAUACGCUCGAAUAAUAUUUUUGCAGCACCAAAUCUGCCCGGACCAUUGAGCGAGCUCUUGGGCCAAGCACCGCCUGCAAAUGCAAUGCCACGCCCAACGCCCGCUCCUGGCGCUAUUGGUCAACCCGUGCAGCCAGUGCACCCGCCACAGAUGAUACAGAUGCCUAUCGUGGCAUUGGCACAGGGUGCUGACGAAAUGUUCAAUCAGAAUCAGUCCGGCAGCGACAAUGUAGAUGAUCCUGUUGAUGAACCCAUGGUGGCGCCACCACCAGCAGCAGCUGGUGCUGCAGGUCAAUCGCCACGUAAUCCGGAUAUGGAUCCAAAUGUGCAAAUGGCUCGCCUUAUCCAAGCCGUAGUUAACAGCGCCACCAACGAUAACGAUCUGCAUGUGGAAUUCAAUGCGCCCAACAUAAUGUCCAUCAAUCUGCCCGUGCAUGUAAUGACAGCUGCAGUGCAUCCGCAAGGUCAGGGACAUGACCAUGGACAUGCACAUGGACCGGCGGCACAGCCACAGGCAGCACCUGCCGCCAGCAGCGAGAGUGGAGCAGCUGCCACAGCAGAAGUGCCAGCAACUGCAAGUGCAACAGCUGCACCCACUAGAGGGCCCGCGUCCACCUCAAGCGGCACCACACGCCGCGGCGAGCAGCGCGCCAAUACUUUGCCCACUACAGCGACACAGACGCGUUCCACAUCGCGUCCCCAAAUACAAAUUGGUAACAACAACAGAUGGGCCUCGGGCAUUGCGCCCACACACACCGCCUUUGAUCGCUUCUUGCCCUGCAACAGUCAUCAUAUACGUGAGCCGGAGCCAGCAUUGCCACAGAGCAACAACAACAACAACAAUUUGAGCAGCCGGCGUGGGGCAACAACUACGAGCAGCCAGCCAGCAACGGUCAACACCCAUCCACAAUCAAUUCCAUUGCGCUCAGGUCAGAGCGUUCCAAAUCUGUCGCGCCCACGGUUGCGUGCCCGGCGUCGUGCCAGGCCGAUUGACAACGUGGGCACAGCAGCAGCUUUGCCACUCGUCGGUGCACAUCAAACUUUGCGGGCUCUAUUAACAAGACUAUUCAAUGCAAUUGACAAUUUUUUGCAACGUACGCCACCAGCAGCCGUCAACACAGCAACAGCAGCAGCAGCCAUAGCAGCAGCAUCGGCGGCAUCAGCAGCAGCAGCCGAAGUGGGACACCAGCACAUGCCUGUAGCGGAUGCAUUUACUCGACUUGCCGCCGCCGGCGCUAGAGCGGCAGCCAGCUCUGCUCAGAGUGCGGCGAAUGCAGCAAACGCUGCUGCCAGAAGCGCUGGCAACGCUGCUGCUGCUGCCGCUGCAGCCGCAGCAGUUGUGCCCGCUGCAGCUUCUUCGAAUGCUGGCAACAUUUUGCGUCAACAGCUGCGCAGCUUUUUGCAUCACAGCGUCUUUGAGGGCGCGCCCAUCAAUGAGGAGACCAUGCCCACAGCUCUGCGUCGCGCCCUCAACUGGUUCGAAGACAGUCUGCUCUACUUGCCGCAGUACGAGCGACCGGAAUACAACUCACACGACUCUGUCUGCAACACGCUGCGCCAGAGUCUGCGUCUCGUCAUUGAACUCUGCAAUGGCAACGCCGACGGCUCUGGCGCGCAGUUUGAGCAGCGUUUGAAGCAAAUCUGCGAGCAGUUCCGCAAGCGUCUCUACAGCGUUCUUUUCCUCUGCCUGGGCAGCGCCAAUGCGGAGCUCUACUGGCGUCAACUAAUGCGUCUGCUUAUAGUGCCAAUGCGCUCAAAUUUCCGUAAUGAGGCGUUGAAGUUUCUAUGCAUCUAUAUAGAUCCAACAAUUCCAGCUAGUACAGACACCGCUGAUGCUCAACAGUUCCUCGUGCUGCGCACUGCUCAAACUGCAGUCAAUAACGCCGCCGCCACCGCCACAGCUCCUUUUGUUGCGCCACCACCGCUUGCUUUUCCCACACAGCAAAUAUCCGUCGUGGAGCAGCAACAGCAGCCGCUCGAGAAUGAUGUUGAAAUGGCUGAGGCUGAGACUGAAACUGCGGCUGAGGUAGCUACACCCAGCAGCAGCGGCGCCAAUGAAGUAGAUUCACCCGAUGCUAUGCCAGCGGUUAACUUUGGCUCAGAGCCCUGGCACAACAGUUUCCCCAAUGAGUGGUUGCCUGUGAUAACGCGUGACAUGGAGACUCAAUCGGAGCAGAAUCUACUGCAGCCGCCUUACUCGGACGCCUACAUCUCUGGGAUGUCUGCCAAACGGCGCAAGAUCAUACAGAACGACAAGCCCGCAUCGAAUGUGGAGUGCCUGAUUGCCAGCGGCGUGCAGCGUGCCAUUCAGAACAGCGGACUGGCUGGGAAUAGCAAUGGUGGUGGCCCACAGUCGCUGCCGCCACCGCUUGUCAAUCCGGAAGCUGUGAUUGGUACCAUUGCUCACGAUGCUGCAGUCCAGGCGGCCUAUACGGAAGCGGUGCGAGCGAAUGCGCGUGAGCGGCUCAAACAGGAUGUGAACUAUGAGGCGAGCAAGUAUCCGCAGAUAGCCAAGUUUACGGAGCAGAAGUAGCUAGUGGGGGACUAAGGAGCUAAGUGCUUAUUUUUUUGUAAAUUUUAUUUUUAUGAAAAUACUGUAUUUAAUUUAGUUAAUGACUAAGUUUUAUUUAAAAACCAAUUCUUUCGGGGCAGGCAACGCUGCUUCUCAGGCAUGCUACACUUUAUAUAGUUAUAGUAUGCUGAUUUAUAUCAUUUAUAUACAUAUAUAUAUUAUGAUAUGAUGAUGGAUCGUGGCAUAAACUACACGAGAUUUAAAAAAAA